AUGAUAGACUUAGAUGCCCAGCAGCGGCGGCAAGAAGCAUACGCGCAACAAGCGCUCAAACUAUACAAUCCGGACUUUUCACUAACACCAGAAGUAUUAGAAAUCAUGCGUGCCUUUUUCUCGGAUCUUGGACCGGAUAUGAGAGGCACAAUUUCCCGUGGGGCAUUGGCGGACGAGAUUGUGCGUUUAGACCCAAGCGCAGAAACAAUUCGUCGUAUCGAAAGUGAUAUGACAGGAAGAGAUGAGAGACUUGAUUUUGCUGCAUUUUGUGAUUGUGUCAUGCAUUGGAAAGUCCAGAGUCCCCAAGCAGUACAAACGGUGUACACGUUGUGGGCUGCACAGAUUGCAGCGCUUGAUUCUGACAUGAGCGAUAAUUUAUUUUACGACCUCAAUAUGAAGGAGCCACAUCCAGAUGAGACGCUUGAUAUUAUUCAACUACUACAGCAACGUCAAAGAUUACAUGGAGUUGGUCGUAAGGUCAUGUAUGAGGACUAUGAGGCGUCAAUUGCCGGAUACUGGCUCACAUCCGACGAAGCCACUAAGAAUAGCGAGCCAAUGAUUGCAACGCGAAAGUUUGUAGAUCCAGCUGAUACAUCUGAAAGAUUAGGGUCCAUUAUGACGAUUUCGAAGUCUUUCAUUGCUGGCGGCAUGGCGGGCAUUAUCGCCAAAUCGACGUUAGCUCCACUGGACCGAAUUAAGAUUCUAUUUCAAGUAAACGAUCACCACAAGUUUAGUUUUCAAAAUGCUGCCAGAAUGACGAGAGAUAUCUAUGUGCACGAUGGAUUUCAUGCUUUGUUUCGGGGAAAUAUGCUUAAUAUUAUCAGGGUAGUCCCGUAUGCGGGACUACAACAUUCAGGUUUUGAUUUUUUUAGGCACAAAUUUCAUGCAUACAAUAUAACUAAAGCGGAGAGAGAGGGAAGUGCUGAAGUACCUAAGCUAAGUAAUUUACAGCUGGUAGCAGCGGGUUCGCUGGCUGGUGGGCUGUCAUUAGUAGUGGCUUACCCACUGGACAUUGUUCGGGCGAGAUAUAUGGUACAAAUGGGAAAGCAAAGAUAUACAAGUAUCUUUGAAGCUGUCAUCUCGAUGUAUAAGGUAGAAGGGAUGCGCUCGUUUUCGCGAGGACUUUUGCCUUCCUUGUUAGGAACAUUGCCGUACACGGGUAUUGGAUUCUCAUUAAAUGAGCGUUUCAAGAUAUGGACAUUGAAUUUGCAGCGUCGAAGACUGGAGCAAAAGAAUGGACCAGGGUUCGAACCGAGUCUUAAUCCGGUUACCAAAUUUAUGUGCUCGUAUUUUGCAGCUUGCGUCGCUCAAACUGGCACAUACCCGAUGGACACCAUUAGAAGGCGUAUUCAAACUGAUGGCUACGUUUCCGGAUCUGAGGCAAAACUGCAAUAUUCGGGUAUAAUCGCCACUGCUCGAAUCAUUUUGGCACGAGAAGGUUGGCGGGGGUUUUUCAAAGGAGUGUCAGUGAAUUGGUUGCGUAGCCCUGUAUCUACUGGCAUCAGUCUGACUGCAUACGAUAUUUUUAAAGAAGUUCUGGGCGUCGCCAAGGUCGAAUAA